AUGAGGCUGACGACCUUUGACCGCAGCUGGCGGGUUCCCAUGGCACCCUGUUACCAUGGUGCCAGCAUCACUAUUAUCCGCAGCAACAGACCGUCAGAGGCCUUAAACCUAAAUGUUUUGAAUGGGUGGGGUCGUGCCUUUCAUAUUGGUGCCCUAGAGCUUGGUUGGGUCCAUGCAAAAGGCUUGAAGCUUGGUAUUUAUGGAGAUCUGGGCACCUACACCUGUGGUGGCUAUCCGGGCACCACACUGGACCAGAUCGAGUUGGAUGCUCGCACCUUUGCUUCUUGGGGAGUGGACAUGCUGAAGCUAGAUGGCUGCUACUCCAACUCCUCUACCAAGGCCCUGGGGUAUCCAUUGAUGUCAAAGGCACUAAAUGCCACAGGCCGUCCAAUAGCCUUCUCCUGUAGCUGGCCAGCUUAUGAAGGAGGUCUGCCCCCUCAAGUGAACUAUACAUUGCUGGGGGAGAUCUGCAAUCUGUGGAGGAACUAUGCUGAUAUUGACGACUCGUGGGAGAGUGUUCGUGGCAUCAUUAACUGGUACUCGAGCCACCAGGAUGUGCUGCAGCCUGCAGCUGGCCCGGGAAAGUGGAAUGACCCAGACAUGUUAAUUAUCGGGAACUUCGGCCUGAGUUACGAGCAGUCUAAGUCACAGAUGGCUCUCUGGGCCAUUCUAGCUGCUCCCCUCUUUAUGUCUAAUGAUUUGCGGGCUAUCUCCUUGAAGGCAUCUUCCAUCCUACAGAACAAGCUGCUGAUCAGGAUUAACCAGGAUCCACUGGGAGUGCAGGGCCGUAUGCUUCUGAAGGGUAAGAACAAUAUUGAAGUCUGGUUGCGAGAACUUUCAUCAUCAACCAUGGCACUAGCUUUCUUCAGUCAGCGCACUGACAUGCCUUACCACUACACAACGUCUCUCAGCCAGCUCAACAUUACCACCCCUCCGCUGUUCUCAAUGCAGGAUGUAUACUCGGGGUGGGUCCUGCACAGGCUCGAAGUCAACACCAAGUUCACUGUCACCAUUAAUCCCAGCGGAGUUGUGAUGCUGUUCGUGUAUCCUGAGAGACAGUUAAUACAGAAAUGGGAGAAAAGGCCAGAAUCCGGCCUCUUGAAACUGUGAAGAGGCCUUCAUCACCCAUGGCAACUACUAUAAACUUUUUAUUCCUCUCACGCACGUUGACUCUAUGAAUGUCUGUUUUAUUCUCAAAUUGAAAGCUCAGUUGUGCACCAAGCAAGAAAGGUAUUCCCAAUACCUUCUCUUUUCAGGAUUUUGCGGGCUUUAUUUUGUACUUUUACAUCCAACUUAAUUUACAAUGCUCUGUGGACCUAAAAAUUGCCCCCAUGUCUUUUUUAAAAUCUUUCUCCUCUCAUCUUAAAAAUACACCCCCUAGUCUUGAAAUCCCCCAUCCUAGGGAAAAGACACCUGCCAUUCAUCUUAUCUAUGCCCCUAAUGAUUUUAGAAACCUCCAUAAGGUCACUUCUCAAUCUCCUAUGCUCUAGUGCAAAAAGUCCCAGCCUAUCCAGCCUCUCCUUAUAACUCAAAGGCCUCCUCUCCCUGCACCCCAGUGCUGGAGGCCAUUCCUUCAGCUGCCCAGGCAGUGCUCAGUCCUGGAAUUCUGUCCCUAAACCUCUCGACUGCUCUACUUCAUUAAGACCCUCCUUGAAACCAGGGUCUUUGAUCAAGGUUUUGGGGUCUCCUCCUUUCUUUUAACCAGGUGUCUAUUUUGAUUAGACCCCCAGCCUCUGUAAUGUACCUUGGAAAGUUUAAUACACAGGAGAUACAAAGUGUCUGUAAGUUAUUGAAGAUCAGACCAGAUCCAUUUAGAGGAGAUUCUGAAACUUCAGCGACCUCCCCCACCAACCCCCACACACCCGCACCUGCCCCCGCCCCCAGUUAUACGCGGACAUAUUUUCCUGCCUUCACUCCUGAAGGCAGCCUGAAUGGGUGGGAUCAAACUCCCCCAGAGCCUGAAUGUUUAGUUUUAGUUUUUCAGUAGCAGUUGCCAGGGUCUUGAAGCUGAAUGUGGAAGCUGUUUUUCCUCUCCCUGAUACAGCUAAAAGCUGGGGUUCUCUUCCUGUUGUUAGAAUUACAUCCGGAACAUGAUGCCUGGCAUUUACCUAUAAAAUAAGAAAAAGUUAGGGUCCAGGCUAUCCUCUUAAUAUAUUUUGAGGGGAUUUGGUCUGAUCCAUAACAAAGGUCUAUCUCCUCUUCCUUUACUCAUGAACGAGCAGACAUGGUUAGUCUCUAUUUACUCUGUCAGCUCCUCUUAAUAUCCUGAAAACUUCAAUCAAAUCACUCCUUACCCUCCCUAUAUUGAUGAUAAGAAAGUGCUGAGGAAGGGGGAUUACACACUGAAAGGGAAGCAGGAUUUUCUAAAUGGGGAGAAAAUUCAGAAGUCAGAAGUGCAAAGAGAUUUGGGAGUUCUAGUCCAGGAUUCUCUCAAGGUAAACUUGCCGGUUGAGUCAGUAGUCAGGAAGGCAAAUGCAACCUUGGCAUUUAUUUUAAGACAACUUGAAUAUAAAAGCAGGGAUGUACUACUGAGGCUUUAUAAGGCCCUGGUCAGGCCACAUUUGGAAUAUUGUGUGCAGUUUUGAGCCCCAUAUCUCAGGAAGGAUGUACUGGCCCUGGAGUGGAUUCAGAGGAGGUUCACGAGAAUGGUCCCAGGAAUGAGAAACUUAACAUAUGAGGAACAUUUGAGGACUAUACUCAUUGGAGUUUAGAAGGAUGAGGGGGGAUCUAAUUGAAACUGACAGAAUACCGAAUGGUCUGGGCAGAGUGGACAUUGGGAAGAUGCUUCCAUUGGUAGGAGUGUCUAGGACCCAAGGGCACAGCCUUAGAGUAAAGGGAAGACCUUUUAGAACGGAGAUAAGGAGAAACUUCUUCAGCCAGAGAGUGGUGAAUCUAUGUAAUUCACUGCCACAGAAGGCUGUGGAGGCCAGGUCAUUGAGUACAUUUAAUACUGAGAUAGAUAGGUUCUUGAUUAUCAAGGGGAUCAAGGGUUAUGGGGAGAAUGGGGUUGAGGAACUUAUCAGCCAUGAUUGAAUGGCGGAGCAGACUCGAUGGGCCGAAUAGUCAAAUUUCUGCUCCUAUGUCUUAUGGUCUUAUGGUCUACAGAAUUGUUUUCUUUCAUUUUAAAAUGUUUUGUAUGUUUCCUGUUAGUUGUAAACUGUAUUAACAAUUCUGAAGUAAAUUGCUUCUACUUUGAUUUUUGUACUAAACUAAAUGCUUCCAUUGUAUAUUUUUUUCAAAAGCUCAAAUAAACAUUGACAUUGAGUUUGAAA